AUGGGCGCGCCCGGGGAGGACGACCCCGUGGAGGGCAGGCUCGGACGCGCCGCGCGAGGCGCGCUCGCCGCGACGCCCGCGCGCUCGCCGCUGAGCGUCGUCCCUCGCGACCGCGACCCGCCGAGCGCGAGCGCGUCGCCGGGACGACACCAACAAUGUGAUCUCGCCGCGCGCGACGACGCCGCGACGCCGCGACCCGGCGCGACGCCGUCCUCGGGCGCGGUGUGGAGGAGCGACCCCGCGCAUCACCACAUCGCCGACGCCGCUCCCGUGAUCAUCCCCGUCGCGACGCCGCACCGGACGAUCACCGGCGAGGCCGCGACGCGAGGCCCCGCGUACGAGCGCCUGCUCCGGCACUCCAACCACCUCGCGAAGCGCGUGACCACCGCGCACGCGCACCUGCACAAGGCGUUCAGCUCCGGCGCGGGCGCGCCGUACAUGACGACGACGCUGCGGUUAAAGUCCGGGCAGCACGCGCUGCGGUGCGUCGCGGAGGCGAUGCCGCUCGCGGACUCGCUGUUGAGCGCGUGGGACGACGCGUGGGGAUCGCAGAUGCAUCAUCUCUCGCUCCGAGCGGAGAGCGCGGAGGCGGAGAUGGCCAAGUCCGCGGAGACGACCGAGCGCGCGAUCGCCGAGGCGGAGGCGUACCGCGCGGAGACGGAGGCGUACCGCGCGGAGAUGGACCUGAACGUGGACAGGAUCGCGCGCGCGGCGGCGAUCGAGGAUGAAAAGAAGGAACUCGCGGCGAAGCUCGAGGCGUGCGCGCCGCUGCCGGCGGCGCUCGCGGCGGCGGAGGCGCUCGCGGCGAGCGCGACGCGCGAGGCCGAGCGCGCGACCGCGGCGGCGAAGAGAGAGGUGGAGAGGAUGACCGCGGAGCUCGACGAAGCGCGCGCGACGUGCGACGCCGCGGAGGAGUACGCGCAGACGGCGCGAGGGUCGCUCGCGGAGCGCGACGCGCAACUCGCCGAGACGAAAAAAGCGCUCGCCGCGCGCGAGGGCGAGGCGAAACGCGUCGCCGCGGAGCUCAAGACCGCGGUCGACGCCGCGGCGUUAAGCGCGGCGGCGGAGCAGGAGGCGCGGCGCGGGAUGGACGUCGCGCGCGCGGAGGUCGCGCCGUUGCGGGAGGCGUUGGAGGGCGAACGCGAAGGGCGAAAGGGCGCGGAGAGACUCGCCGCGGACGCCGCGGAGACGCGACGCGACGCGGAGCGCCGGGCGUCGGACGCGGAGGCGCACGCGCAGGAGUGGGAGAUCCGGACGACGUCGUUGCACGCGCAGAUGGUCUCCGCGGAGGAGACGAUACGGAAUUUGGAACGGAAGCUCAAGGACGCGCACGCGGACGCGGCGAAUAAACAGCUCGAACUCUCCGAGAAGAUCAUCGCCCUGGAGGACGAGCUCCGCGCGACGCGCAAGGGCGCCGCGGAGGCGUACUCCGCCGCGGCGAACUCCGCGAAGCUCGGCCCGGAGAUCGCGACGAUGGAGGAGACGUCGCGGCGGCUGCGGCAGGACCUCGCCGCGGCGGAGCGCGUGCGAUUCGCCGCGCAGAUGGUCGCCGGGAAGACCGAAGUCACCAUCGCGGAAGCCGCGGCGAUGGAGUUCGACGACGCCGCGAUGGACGAGGUCGCGAUGAGCCGCGGCGGGAGGCUCGUCGCGGAUCUCUCAUCGCAGAUGGCGGCGAUGCGCGACGAGCUCGCGGCGCUGAAAAACCACGCGCCGCCGCCGAGGAGCCCGCGGACGUCGCGCGGCGCCGCGUCCGCGAUCAGCCGCGGCGCGACCCCGCGCGCGAGCGCGAGCUUCAACCACGGGCCGAUGUCGGGCCGAACCUCGCCCGCGCUCAGCGCGAGCGGCGGCGGCCUCGGCGUCGCGGAGGUGGGCGUCGCCGCGGAGAUCGGCGUCGCGGCGGAGAUGGAGACGUUGCGGCGGCGGCUGGCGGAGGCCAACGCGCACGUCGCGUCGCUCGCGUCCGAGCGCGAGCGCCUGGGGAUCGGGCACGGGCGCGCGGGAGGCGGCGGCGCGGGCGGGUACGGCACGCCCGCGACGGGCGGCGUCGGCGCCAACGCGUUGCUCGCGCCUCCGCCGACGUAUUACGGCGGGUUCUUCGACCGCGCGCUGAGCGAGGCGGGGAAGGUGAUGCAGAGCGCGGAGGCGAGGAACGCGGACGCGGUGGGUAAGGUGACGUCGUACGGCGCGCGCGGGGACGAUAGGGCCGCGGCGAAGAAGGCUGCGAAGUCGUCGUGGGGGAAGGCUGUGGAGGGGACGACGACGCGCGCGAAGUCGCCGAGGCCGUCGACGGGGUCGACGACGCCGCGGGGGCGGUCGAAGUCGCCCACGGUGAAGUAGUUUUUUGCGCGUAGCCGUGUACAUCGUAUUCAUCGCCGCUC